AUGGAAGGAAGUUUUACAGCUUUGACAUACUAUCUAAAGGUUGUAGGGCAGGCGGAAUCCCCCCCAAAACAGGCUGACCCUCCUCCAUCAGUGGCAGAUGGACAAUACCAGGAUGAACUCCUUCUUAGAGUAUGCAAUUUGUAACCGUGGGACGGGCGCCUACCACCACUUAGAGCCGAGCUCCCCUUCCUUCCCCUCGUGCUCAGGUAGCCCCGCCAGUGACACUUUGAACGGAGACGGCCGCUUUGGCGUGGGAGGGAGCGCGGCCGCCGCCGCCCACCUCCCCCAGCAGACCCCCGGCUACCACCCUCCCUCGUCCGGCCGCGCCGGGCCCUUCGCGGGCGCUGCCCCGGCCAGCGGGUACCCGGCCCAGAGCGGCGGCCCCGGCUACGGCCACCACCAGCUCUUCCUCGGCCAGCAGGACGCGGACGGGCUGUACUUCCAAGCGGCCGGGUACCCCCCCAGCGCGGCCCCCAACCUCAGCUCGCUGGCAGACACCUACUGCGGGGCGGUGGCGAGCGCGGGGCAGUACCAGCAGCACCACCUUUACGGGCAGGAGCAGCCCAGCUACUUGCCCGGAGUUUACAGCAACCUCUCGCCUUCUUUAAACGAGGAGCAAGACCCCGCGUGCCCCUCCGAGCCGUGUCCCGGCUCCAGCGCCGCGCAGACCUUCGACUGGAUGAGGGUGAAGAGGAACCCGCCCAAGACAGCCAAAGUGUCGGAGUACGGACUGCUGGGCCAGCCCAACGCCAUCCGCACCAACUUCACCACCAAGCAGCUGACGGAGCUGGAGAAGGAGUUCCACUUCAACAAGUACCUCACCCGGGCCCGCAGGGUGGAGAUCGCCGCUACCCUGGAGCUCAACGAAACCCAGGUCAAGAUCUGGUUCCAAAACAGGCGGAUGAAGCAGAAGAAGAGGGAAAAGGAAGGUCUUGCCCCGGCUGCUGCCUCCAGGUCUGCGAAGGAAGCGGGUGAAGCCUCCGAUCAGUCCAACUGCACCUCACCUGAGGCCUCCCCCAGCUCCGUGUCCUCCUGA